AUGCGAGUGAUCGUGGAGAGUUCAUGGCCAGUCGUUUUUCUGAUGGGACUUUUUUCCCUGAUUCAAAGUACUCAAACGACUAUGUUCGUCGCUACAAUGUAUCCGUAUAUGAAGAAGGUGAUUUUCUUUUCUUAUUUGUAAGAUAAAUGAUUGAUAAAAAAAGGAAUUCUACAAAACCAAAUAAACUUGCGUUUCAAGCAAUGUAUGAAAUAACUUUUCGAAGUUCGAAGGUAUUUUGCCGUUUCCAUUCGAGAAGUCUUUCAAAUAGUAAAACGAACUUGAAAAAAAUUAAUAAACAUUUAGUUUUUGAAAUUUUUUUCAAAUAUUAAAAAGGAUGGGAAAAAAAGUCUUUUGAUAUACUUUUUUUCAAAGCCUGAAUCCUUUUCGAAUCUCCCGGAAUCUUUUUAGAUUUAUGUCGUUCGUUCAAGAUUUCCUUUCAGUGAAGUUUAAAAAUGAAGAAAUUCUCAUUCAUUUUUUACCUAAUCGUUGAAUUUUGUCUGAGUUACUUUUACCUGCUUUUUUCAUUUUUAUGACCUCACCGACGAGGGAAAAGAGAGCGCAGACAAGUGAGGUCUUUUCAAAAUGGAAAAAAGCUAUUUUAUUUCUGGUUCUACUUUAGCUCUCAAAAAAAAAAUUUUCUGAGAUUCUAAAAAGGAUCAUUUUUUCCCAUCCCAGCUUCACGCCGAAGCAAGUGAGCACAAUUUCGGAAUAAUUGUCACAACGGCUGGAAUCGGACACUGUAUCGGAUGUGCGGCGCUCGGAUAUUGGAGUAGUGUUACGGAUAAGGUCGAAAAUCUAAUCUUUGCCGGAAAAUUACGAAACUUUUAGAUGAAAUGGCCAAUGAUGGUCGGAUUUGUGCUUACAUUGGCAUCGAAUUUUGUAUAUUUGAUGUUGGAAAUGGUUCCGCGAGGCGGUGUUUUUUAUAUUCUGGUGUUUGCCAGGUUCCUCGCUGGUCUUGGGUUAGGUUGGUUUGCAUUUAUUAGCUAGGAAUAGUUGAAAGAAUGGUAGCGAACUCACAGAUCUUUUUGAGAUUCAUUAAUGAACUUUUCUCUGACUCAUAAAGUAAAAAUACAGAGACAAAAAAAAAUAGAAUAACUUGUAAGUCAGAAAAGUUGCUUUCGAGAAAUAUUGAUCAGUUACUUACAUAUUAUACCCUAAGCCUAUUUUUUAAAAAUUUAUUCGAAGAUCAGUCUAACCCCUAAUUUUCAAUUAAAGUUUGAAAAAGGUAUACCAAAAAUUCGACAUCGAUUGAGUCUUGAAAAAAUAUAGAUCAGACGUACUAUUUUAAGGAAAAUCGAGCAAAGAUUUUUUACGGGCUUUGAGAGGUCAUUUACAAGUUUUUUUUUGUCUACCUAUCAAGGGUCAUCAACAGGUAAUACAACGACGAUGAGGACUUGCGCCGUGGCGAGUUCCUCCUCCGACGACAGAUCUAAAGCGAUGGCCGUUGUGGCCGGAGGAAGGGCUCUGGGUGUCGUUGUGGGGCCUGGUGAGUUUGGGAGGAUUCGGACAGAAAAAUGGACAAUGAAGAAGGAUUUUUGAGAUAAAUUUUCGAUUUUGUGAUAAACUCGUAAAUCCCAGCCGCAUAAUGAUGCUGUGGCUGUGGGAAACGCAAAGAGAAAAACCAAAAAAAUCUCCUUUUUUCGAGAAAUGUUUGGAGUUGACUCUUUUCUUUAAACUGCUCAUAGAUUCGUUCAACCUUUCAAUUUGAUAUUAGAUUUACUGAUGAAGUCCAAAAAGUCCUGACUUUUGAAAAAAAGGGAGUCUUUCUCAGCGCCAUUUCACAUCCUUUUCUAAAACAAUAAAAUUAUUGAUUAAAAUUUUUCCAAGAAAAUCACCAAUACAACACCUGUGGUCAAAAAAAAUGUGAGAAAAAGCCCCAAAACAUGAUAAAGUAUCAAAUCUUACAAGUGAUCAGCUUUUUCUACUCUUAACUACUCUCCAGCUCUCCAACUAAUCUUCCUCCUGGUCCUGGGCGAAGAUGGCAUAAGCCUUCCAAUCAUCAAUCUUCACUCAAACAACGCCCCAGCCGUGUUAGGAAUUAUAUUGACCUUAUUUGGAUUGCUGUUUUCUCUGCAUCCAUUCGUACAAGUGGAAGAAUACGCCGUGGCGGAGAGUAUGAAAAAUAUGGUGAGUUACUUGAGACCGUCUGACCCGUCUGCGCUCUCUUUUCUCUCAUCUCUCAGACUGAAACAUGAGAGAGAAGAGAGCACAGAGAAAGAAGACAGAAGGAAGACAAGAGAAACAAUUCAAAAAUGCAGGAAGACGACGAGAAUUAUCCAGAACCGGAUCGAAUCGCAAUGUUCGUUUGUGUAUUGACAAGAUAUGUCCAGCAUUUUACGCAAAUCGGCUUGGAGACGUAAGUUUCAAGAAGUCAAAAAGCGCGGCCGCAUUUGGAAUGGCUGAAAACGUUGACUUGCAGCUUUAUGCUUUCCGAUGCUCUUGCGCGAAAGUUGUUUUGGGUCGGGCGGUUAAUUUUGAAAGAAAUGCGAAGAUGGUGGGGUUCUUCCAGCUUCUAAACUUAAAAACUUGAAAAAAUUUACUAUUUUCAACAAAAAUCGAUUCUUUUCGAUAUGAAAACAAAUUUUCAACAGAAAAAAGGGGUUUUUCAUAUUUUGGCUGGAGUAAUUCUUAAAAGGGGCGGAGCCUGGCAAUUACCUGAUUAAAAAAAUUUUUGAGUUGUGCAGUUGUUUUUGAUGAAAGAUUGAGCUCAAAAAAAGUAACCAUUCUUUCAAAAAAAAAGGGGGUUAAGCCAUUCCCAAUGCGCCCUAGCGUCGAAAAAUUUCAAAAGUUCUCGAAUUAAUAAAAAAAGGGGUUUAAUGCUGAUUAUACCUUUUUUUCUUGUUGAUUAUCUCAAAGUUUAUUAUUUUCGAACCUUAUUUGUUACCUUGAAAAAAACCUUUUAAAAAAAUCGAAAUUCAAGCCUCGCCCCAGUCUACAUCAUGAUGAUGUUCUCCGUCCGAAGGGAAGAGGCGGUCGGGACGAUUUCUUCGAUUUUCCUCGCCACUGGAGUGAUCUCUUCGGCCCUUUACAUCGCCAUGAUUUCCUCUGGGCUUUCCAGCUUGUAGUUUAUAACUUUGCUCAAGAAAAUAUAAAUCUGUUUCAGAAUCAACACAAGAAAAUGCAAUAUCGCUGUGCUUUUGGUGUUUAUCGGUUACUUGCUCUCGACCUAUCAGUGGCACUUUUUACAGCACUACGUUAAGCAAUCGACUGCGGAUGGUAUAUUGUUUAGUUCAAAAAUUUUUCUUUUUAGGAAGAAAAAAACAUAUUUGGAUAAUUUGUAGUGGCCACGUUUUGACAUUUUAGAAGCCACUAUAGUAGUCAAAUUAGUGGCCACUUAAGGGUUUAAAAGUUAGUGGUCACUAUAGAGUUGUAAGUGCUGCUACUAGACCACUGAAAAUUUUAGUGGCCACUUCAGGGGUCAAUGGAUCAACAUAACUGGUCCAAUCUGUUUUUUUAAAAUUGUCAGAGUUAAUGGAAGGAAUACUGGAUAAAAAACUACUUAAGUGGCAACUAUAGAGGUGGGUUUAGUGGCCAAUUUAGUGUCCUCUCCAAUUAUUCAUUGGCGAGCCUCUAUAGUGGCCUCUGAAAAUUUUCCCAGUACUUCCAACAUGUUUUCACUUCAAAACCGAAAAUCUCCAUUUUUUAACUGCUCCCAUUUCUGAAAAAAAAUUAACUUUAACUAGCUAUAUUGAGAGCUUUCUAUGCAAACCACGGCUUUGAAUUAAAAUUUCUAAGCUUGAAAAAAAACUUGUAGCGCUGGGAAUGGCUCGACGUCCGAUGCUAAACUGCUUGCGCUAGUAGGACUAAAAUCAGAAUAGCUCAUGGCAACGCGACGCUUAAAGCCAUUCUCAGUGCGACCGCGACCCAAUGAGAAAAAUGAAGAAGUUGAGGUCUUGACGGAGGAUGCGAUUUCGCGAAGUUCCCCUGGUGUUGGGAUUUGAAUACUUCUUCGGAAUGGGUUAGAACUAUCAUGAAAUCCGGUUAAACUAUCAUUUCCAGGUAUUUUUCGUUGGCUAUAUGAUUUCUUUCGGCGCCUGCGUUCCUUUCUUGACCGUCACGGAUGCGACUCUUUUUUCGAAGCUUCUGAACCCCUUGCAGCAGGUUUUGAAUCCAAAAAUGAAAUAUAUAGUGGAAGAAAAUCCAUUAGGCAACUUGACUACGAAUGCGCCCAAAAAUUAUCUAGAACUACAUAAUUUAGUACGAUUUUGAGUACAGCGUUAGAAAAGCAAAUAGGAACGACAGAGGGGUCCCUAUAGGGGUUUAGGGUCUGAAGCAUAAGUGGUCCCUAUAACGUCUUUUAAUUUUUGGUUCAGACUUGCGAAUCAAAAAAACAAAUUGAUGAAAACUUCCUCUGUUGAUGUUUUUAUCCGAAUAACGCUAAUUUAUUGAGUAUAUAGGGAGCACUUUGGAGUUUCUAAAAAAGGACCCUCUAUUUUUUCAGAGAAAGCUUCCAUGCUUUAAGGACAGCUUCUCAGUGAAUGAAGUUUGAAUGAAGGAUUAAAAGAUCUACUAGAAAAAUAGAGAAAAAUCGAGAAAAAAAAUCUCAAGUUUCCGCUUUUCUAACCAAAGUUCAGACCGAUAACAUUAUUAAAAAAAUCUAUUAAUAAUUUUUUUACUCAAAAAAAGAAUAAAAUAAAAUGAUCAAGUUUAAGGCCGCCCAACAAAGUCUAUUCGAUAUUUCCAGUACAUUCGCCAAAGUGGUCGCUCCAGUGCUUGUGACGUCAGUUUGAUCUUUGCUUCUUUUUUUUAAAUUCUUUUUCUUAAUCUCUGAAACAUCUAUCUUUUUUUAUUUCUGUAGUUUUUUGCAGGAGAUGCUCUGUCAACCAUCUUUCGCUUCGAAAAACUUAAAAAAGAUUAAAUUUUUGUAUAACUUACGUAGGACUUCAUUUUUUUGCCCAUUGGGGUGGUUCUAAAUAAAUCUCCGCUUUGAUAAUCUAGAAGUUUCAAACUUGUCACUAACUAAUCAAAAAUUUAUGGAUAUUCCAUUUCCAGGGCGAUCUACACUUACUACGGACCUCGACGGGUCUGGGAAGUCCUCCUAGUUCAAUUAAUAGUAACCGCGGGUUUCUGGAUCGGUUUCUCCAAAAGAAUGGUCCCAUUGCAUCCAAAACCUAGGCCUGUUUUCACACUUUGGUAG